GGCAAGGUGCUAACACGGGAUGGCAAGUACUUGUUAGUCAGCCUAAAAAGGAAGCCUCUUCUUGGGGUGCUCGCAACCGUGGCAAUCAUUUCAAACCAUUUGCUCCGCUUCGGUUUCGUGUGCGCGUGUGGCGAUCGUUCGCGUUGCAACGCAGAUCUACAUUCCGUUUACUCCACGUAAUUCCAGCGCUCAAAAUCGUUCACCCUUGCAGGAUGGCACGGCGGAUGGAGCUCAGCUACGUUCUCGGAGUGCUGUUGCUUCCGCUCGGGAUGGCCGACUUCAUACCCUGGCUGAUCGUGCCGGAAACGGCCCCAACACGCCAUCAGCUGAUCAGCGGCAUCGGUAUCCCCGUCGGCACGCCGGAAUCCAUCACGAGCGGCUGGGUCAUGAAGGCGCAGUACUUCCUUCCCACCAAGGUGGACGACCUGAAGCCACAGCUGUGGGACAACUGGAACGACAGUCGGCGGGCCCUUGCUAGGCGCGAUGUUUCCGGGCUGCACGUUCCAGUAACGCAGCUUCCGAUCGGUCACGCGGGACACGAGCGCUACGUGGUGGACAGUGUGCCGGUACGCGAGGAACCGCUCGACAGCUCCAACGAAGAGGAGUUUGACGACGGGGACGACAGCUACUGGAAGGAACCGGAGGAUGAGCAGAUUUUGCAGCAAUCGGACGAGGAUGGGCUGCGGUGGCCGGCGGCCAAGGAAAUCGAUCCAUCCCAGCUCGACGGCUACAGUGCGGAACAGUCCCGCUGGACCACGUACAAGGCGAUGGAAAAGUUGAGCGAAGGUUACGGUUUACCGGGCCGUGCGUGUGUACUGCGCAGUGUUUGUGAGUCCGCGGCGGCACCGUUUACCCACACUGGCGGUAUCUUCGCCGAGCUGUUGCAUAUCGUUUUUACCCCCUCAAGCACCGAGGAACCACUGUCGGAACAUCGGGACAACGAGUACUUUCGGGCGGAACAGCUCGGACGUACCGGGGCACCCUGUGAGCGUAUCUUUCCCGAGUGCGUACACUCGCUGCUGGACAUCUUUACCGGGGUGCAUGAUGGGGAAACGAACACGAUGCGAUUGCUACACGACGAGGUGCAAGCCUAUCUUAUGCGGAAGUGAGUGUGUUUGAGGGCACUAGAACGGGCGCUCACGCAGACUCACGCUGUCAGAAACGUUUACUAGUCAUGUUUCGGGUAUCUUUCCGCAUUAAAUGUAAGAGCUUCUCUUUUUUGUGCGUAAUAAACUAAUUUUA